UCAACGGCUAUGCCCGGUCACAAGUCACAACUACCACUUCAACAAGUCAUACUUCUCCCCUCCCCAUAUAUGUGUAUAUCCUCCUCCUUCCCUUCCCUUAUUCUCCGCUCUUUUAUCAGCCCUCUCAUCACUUCAAAAAUAAAGAUUGCUAUUGCUAUUGUUUUUCCUUUUUGGUAAUAAGCUUUUUUAUUUUUAUUUUUAUAUAUUUCGAUGCCAUCUACUAGGAAAGACUUGGAUCGGAUCAAAGGUCCAUGGAGUCCGGAAGAAGACGAGGCUUUGCAGCGGCUGGUUCAUACGUACGGACCCAAGAACUGGUCUUUAAUAAGCAAAUCAAUACCUGGUCGAUCAGGAAAGUCUUGUAGGCUCCGAUGGUGCAACCAGCUUUCCCCCGAGGUUCAGCACCGACCCUUCACUCCCGAAGAAGAUGAUACCAUAAUCCAAGCUCAUGCCCAAUUCGGUAACAAAUGGGCUAUCAUCGCUCGACUCCUCAAUGGUCGUACGGAUAACGCGAUUAAGAACCACUGGAACUCCACCCUAAAGAGAAAAUGUUCUUCCAUGACUCAAGAUUUGAACAAUGACUCGCCACAACCAAUUAAAAGAUCAGCCAGUCUUGGUGCUGCUAAUAAUGCCUCGGGUCCUUGCUUGAACCUCGGUACCCCUUCAGGAUCCGAUUUGAGCGACUCGAGUUUACCCGCUGCCUCACCGUUUUAUAAGCUGUUGGCAAGAACCGGUUCCAGUAAGCAUGUUGAAACGGCAUCAUCCACUACCAAUCCACCUAUUAUACUCAGCCUCUCGCUGCCCGGAUUCGAUCCUUGCGAAAACUCGGAUUCGGGACCUAGAUCCGACCCUAUUCCUAGCCCCACCCAGGCGCCAGUAACAACAGUAACGGCUCACCCAACUGCCGGUCUCGUAGUGGGGAUGCAAAACGGGGAAUUGGGGAUGGAGAAGCAAUUUUUUAGCAAUGAAUUUUUGACAGUUAUACAAGAGAUGAUUAGAACAGAAGUGAGGAACUACAUGUUUGGGAUUGAACAAAAUGGUCUUUGUUUGCAAACUGAAGCUAUCAGAAAUGCUGUUGUUAAACGUAUUGGUAUUAGCAAGAUCGAGUAGACAACAAGAAGAAUCCGCAGAAGAGCAAAAAAUAAAGUCUUUCUGUCACUUGUUUAAUCUCUUUCUUUGUUGGUUUAGUUAUUUUUAUCGUCGAUUAAAGAAAUAAUAUUUGUGGUGGUGUGCAUAGGGAUGCAGUCAACGAGGGGAUAUUUUUGGUUAGGGGGCCGGACGGAGAUUAAAGAAACUCUGAUAUUGAAAAAGAACAUAAAGUAGGCUCUUUGAAAGUUUAAGGAAAGCUGACUCUCAUACUAUAAUCUUUUAGGUAUACAUUAUUGCACUGUCUGCCACAGACGCUGUGACAUUUGUAAGUGUUCAUUUUCAUUCUGCUGUAGUGGACUAAAAUAAUGUCUUACGUGACUUUCUGAA